UUGGAUUAGUUAAAAAUGCCAUUGGCAACAUGGAGAAAAAUAGACCUCCCUUCCUCUAAUGGCUCCAGCUAACUGAGGCCUCUAACUAGCACACAAGAGAGGGGUGUCCUUUAGUUCUGUUGAGUCAGAGCUUCAUGUGCAAAUGUAGUCUGGGUCAGGGGGAAUGCAUGUGCUUCUUUGGUGUUUAGCGGGGAAACACAGAAAACAAGGAUUUCUACUGUCCUGGUAUUCUGCCUGUGAUGAGUUUGAGCCUCGAUCUAUGCUCAGACAUGGAAGUGAAAGUCGCUGGUGUCACAACAAGCAGAAGGCGACGGUUAAGGACAAGGGCAGGCGCGAAACAGCCGGUUUCCAUCCUCGAGCGUGCUACAAAUGUAUGAAUGGGCCUAAAGAACUAUAACAACAGCUGGGUCAGACUGAGUGACACUGCAGUAGGUCAAACAAGAAACCUCACUUCGGCGUUCUAAUGUGGCCACGGCAAUGCUGACAUCCCCUCUGAAUCCAAAGGCAUCAUCAUGCUGAAGACGGAGGCCUCGGGGGAGAGGACCAGCCUCCGAAGUGCCUCCCCCCACCGUAAUGCCUACCGGGCUGAGUUUCAGGCACUCAAGAAGGCCUUCGACCAGCCUCGGAUCGAUGGAGACUCAAAGCCCAAAGAUCUCGAGCGGGUGAAACAGCCGAGGGGGCGCCAAUAUGGCAGCCACGUCAGUCGCAUUAAGGACAUGUUCAUGCAGAUGGGUUCAGAGAAUGCGGCAGCUAAGACUAGGAGUCGUGACGAAUCCUCGUCACAAAAACUGGUGAAGCCCACAAAUUUCAUCAACAAGUCUGAUGGAUCAGUGAUAAAACUUCAGCAUUCCUCAUCAGCUGAAAGGAUUGGAGGUGCCGGGGCAAAGUUCUCAGAAACCAGGAAGCUUUUUGAACAACAGUCACGUGACCAGUCCCAAUCACCAGUGUUUCCCUACGGCCGUGAUAAAAGGGGUUCCCAUGAGCACCUCGAUGACUGGCGAGGGGCAAGGUCCAACCGAGGCAGUACAGACUCAUUGGAUUCUCUGUGCUCCAGAACAGAAGCAUCCUCACCAACUGUCAGUCAACUCAGUGCUGUUUUUGAAAAUGCCGACCACCAGAACCAGGGGGUUUCAUACAGAGGAGUCGGCAGACGAGCCCUCUACUCACCCGACGGAUUCCACCGCCACGGUGGGGAUGUCAGUGAGGAUGAUUCUCGACAGUCCCCAGUACGUGGAACCUACCGGAACAGGAUAGGGGGCAAGUUACCCACAUCCUCGUCUUCUGAGGACCUUCUGAGCCCCAGUCCUGGAUUGGAGACUUCAGAACGCAAACAAGAUGCUCCACAAAAGGAAGAAACCCAAGACAAGGCUGGAGAGGCUACAGCAGCAGAAGGACAGGGAUUGUCGGGUGCUUCCACCAAUGGAAACCAGAUUAAUGGCUCUUGUGAAGAAGAGGAGAAACCUUCAGACACAACAAAACAUAUUGAGGAUCUAGGAGUCUCUAGAUCCUCAAAACCUACACACGGUGCUGUAAUUACAAACAAAGCUUUAGAGCAUGCCACUCAUGAGCCGCUGCCGACCACCGAGGAAAGCCAAGAGAACAGGGAUUCUUCAAAGGAAGAAAAAUCUUCCAAGGACCAGAUGGAAGAGCCUGAUGAGGAAUACACUGGGAACGAGCGUGUGAUUUUUAAUGCAGAUGGAGACGCCUGUUACCAGGGUUGGGGGGAAAGCUGCACGGAUCCCGAGGAUGACCUCUACGGUGACGAUGAGGAGGACAUUGUCUAUGACCCGGGCUCUGAUCUGACAGAGAUUCCUGGUCUUCCGGAAGAAAACAAAGAGGACAUCCCUCCGAAGAGGAAGAUUCGCUUCAGCUCUGCUCCUAUUACAGUGUUUAACACCUACUCCAAUGAAGACUACGACCGACGUAAUGAGGAGGUGGAUCCUGUGGCCUCCUCUGCCGAGUAUGAGUUGGAGAAGAGGGUGGAGAAACUGGAGCUGUUCCCUGUGGAGCUAGAGAAAGAUGAAGACGGCCUGGGGAUCAGUAUCAUUGGGAUGGGUGUUGGUGCUGACGCAGGCCUGGAGAAACUGGGCAUCUUUGUGAAGACUGUCAUUGAGGGUGGAGCUGCUGAGAGAGAUGGCAGAAUCAAGGUGAAUGACCAGAUUGUGGAGGUGGAUGGGACCAGUCUGGUGGGCGUCACCCAGAGCUUUGCUGCCUCAGUCCUCAGGAACACAUCUGGAGUUGUCCGGUUUGUGAUCGGCCGAGAGCGUCCAGGUCAGCAGAGUGAGGUGGCCACGCUCAUCCAGCAGACCCUGGAGCAGGAAAGGAGACAGAGAGAACUACUAGAGCAGCAGUAUGCCCACUAUGACGCCGAUGAUGAUGAGCAGACAGGAGAAUACGCCACAGAUGAAGAGGAGGCAGGAACGACAGCUACAGAAGGGGAGAAGAGCAUCGAAGUAUUUGACUUACCAGAGACAGAGGAUAUCUUGUCUCCGUCAGAGUUGGACGCCACUAAACUCUACCAGAAGUUCAGAGAGCUCCAAAUCAAACACACAGUGACCGAGGCCGAGAUCCAGAAGCUAAAAAACAAGCUGGCGUCAGUGGAGCGAGAAAAGCAGCGCUGGGAGAAGGAGAAGAGCCAGCUGAAGGCCAGCAUUGAGGAGAACAAGGAAAGGAUGUUGAAGCUGGAGAGCUAUUGGAUUGAAGCACAGACCCUCUGCCACACCGUCAACGAACACCUGAAGGAGGCCCAGGCCCAGUACCAGGCUCUGGAGAAGAAGUAUAACAAAGCCAAGAAGCUCAUCAAAGACUUCCAGCAGAAAGAGGUGGAAUUCAUCCAGAAGGAGGAUGCAGAGAGGAGGCGGCUGGAGGAGGCUGAGAAAGCUCACCUGGCUGAGAUCCAGGGACUGCAAGUCAGGAUUGCAACAUUAGAGUCUGAGCUAAUGCAGCUGAUGAAGCAGAACGGUAUCCAGGUCAACAACAACAACAGCAAUAGUUCUGAGAGGCUCGGCGCUCAGCAGCGCAGCCCGAACAGAGCUUCAACACAAGCCAGAGACCUGAGGGAGGGCUCCCCCCACUCACCCAGCAAAAUGAAGGGCUAUGGAGGAGUUCCCAGAGACAGCAUGUGCUCCACAGAAGGAGAGAUCUUUGAAGGUCAUGGGAGUCCAUCCCACAGCCGCUCGGGUUCAAUUUGUAGUGUGGCUUCUUGUGAUGGAGGAGUGCCAGCACUUAGGGUCCCUGGCAGUGCAGAGGGCUCCCCCAGAAAAACACUCCACGGUUCUCAGUCUCCGAGCCCUUCUUAUAGUUUGGAGGAGCAGAGACAAGCUCUGGACCCUGGGUCCUCCCUCAGGAAAACCAAAGUGAAGGACAAAGAUCCCAGAGCCUCACCUGGAAACAGCUCCACAGACCCGUCAGCAGAGGACAGUCCAGAGAAACUCAAGGCCAAGGCACCCACUUUGUGUGAUGAUCUGAGUGCCAGCAGCAGCAGCUCAGUGGAGAUCAGCGGUCUGCUCAGUGAAGCCAAGAUGUCGGGACACUCACACACUCUGGUGCUCUCCUCAGAUGAGAGUCUGGAUAUGAUAGAUGAUGAGAUCCUUGAUGAGGGGCAGCUUUUAAAGCAGUGCCAGUGGCAGAACCGCAGCAUUACAGAGUGGACUUCCCAGCAAGUGGCCCGCUGGCUCAUGGGUCUCAACUUAGAACACCAUAUCCCAGAAUUCACUGCCAAAAAUGUAGAUGGAGCGCAACUGCUACAGCUGAAUAGCACUGAGCUCAAGGCCCUCGGAGUCACUUCUUCCCAGGAUCGAAUGCUGAUCAAGAAGAAGAUCAAAGACCUUAAAGUUAUGAUGGAAAAGGCCAAGAGGAACCAAGAAAAGAUGGAAAAACAGCGCGAGAAGUUGCGGAAGAGAGAGCUGGAGCAGCAGCAGAAAGAUGCACGCAAAGAAAGCGCAGCAGAGUGAAACGAGCCCUCAGAUUACCUCCCGUUUUACUGUAGCACCACACCAAGUAGCACCUUGCGGAACAGAACGUCAGGAGGCCCCACAAAUGAACCCUGAGGGACACCUACUUACUAGUUCUAAAAGGUGGAGCUCCACACCCAGCUGUCAGUUGUUGUUGAGUGACCUUUUCACCAACCAAAUGAAACCAAAAUGAGCAGUUGGAUAACAGAAUGCUGCCCUUCAUUUGCCUCGUUUUACAUCCAUUCUGUGUUUUUUGCCAGAAUUUAUGGAUUCUAUUUUGCUGUUUAUAGCUGUAAAUUGGUUUUAUUUGUUCAUGUCCAGAGUACACCUGUGAAAAGUUCAUCUCAUCCUUCUGCCACAUCAUCUCUAGAGACUUCUCUUACCCAUUACAGCACCUAGACAUAAGGACAGUGUACAGUGCUAAAUAAGGAUGUCUGACUUAUGUAUAUCCUGUUGAAGUCGAUGGAAUCUCUUUAUGGCUUUGUUGAAGCGCAUACAGUUCAGGUCUUUGUGUUGAAUUAUAUGAGGUAGUCUUCAUCUCCCACCACUGGGUGUCCCCAUGGUGCUUACUUUUACUACUGAAGAAGGCAACACUGGAACUAUCCUAAAGGAGCUGAACUGGAAAUUAGAGCUUUUCUGGGAGAAAUGAGCUCCCCAGUUUCUUGCAAGAACACUGGAAGUGCGACCACUGUAAAUUUGACCUGUGUACUGGCGUACAGUGCCCCUUACCAUAUACAUGUACCAUACUAAAGCUGUUUAAAGUAUGAAUGAUAAAGACAUCCUGAACUGAAUGGGCUUGUUCUAAUAGAGAUUUCAGGUACUGUGUAAUUAUUAAAUUUUUAACUUGCCUAACCUGAACCACAAGAACAGAAAAGCUGAUAAAAAAAUGAAACUUCCUGCUUAUAUGCAUAAUGUUGCUUUGACUCCCGCUUGUAACCUGCUUUUGACCUCUUUUUAUAGUCUCUCAGUAACAAAGUAAUACCUGCCGCUGCCUUUAGAAAUUCUAGCUUAGUAGAAUUUUUCCAAACUCUGCCCGCUUCUGUGUGAGUGUCAGAACACAUACAAUAGACUAAACUAUGUCCUCCAUCCUGUCAUGUUAUUAUCUCACAUGACAAAGUUUGUCAUGCAAAUUUCUCUGGAAUGUCCUCAAGUAACAUUUUGUAAUGCUGCCAUAAAGAUGCUUUCUGUGAUCAAAGACACCAAAAGUGCAGAAGCUGUCUUAAAGAUGAUUCCACCUGAAACUUUGAUGUUACACUGGAAAUUGUACCUUACAGCUGCAGUAUAUUUUUGAUUUUAUUAUGAAAUUAGUUCAUUUAGGACUCAAAGCAUUUUUAUUUACUUUUUGGAAUAAUUUCAGUUCUUGUUUUAAGCUUUUGAAGCUCAUUGAGAGACAUUUUACCUGUGUUACUUCUUUAUCAUUCCCAAGAUUUAUUCCAUAGGUUUACAUUCAAAUUAGAUCCACCAUGAGAGCUAUACAGGCAGCUGUAAUGAUAUCUUUGUUUUAAGGACCCUGUCUGGUGUGCUGCUAAAAGGUUGAGAACAAGAAUAGAUGGGGUUACCCAUACUUCCAUGCAGGUAUCAAUGACAGUAGAUCGUUUUAUUAUUUAUUUAUUCUUGUAUUUAAUGAAGCAAUGUACUAUUGUUUAUGAUAACAAGUAAGAGGAUUAUUAACACUUAAUUAUUUAUCCAGAAUUGUAUGAUUACCUACUUUUGCCAAAACAUGAUUAGAAAGUGAUUGAAAUUCAAAUGGCUGUUAUCGAAUGAAGGAUUUAACGGUUUAUAAUGGAAGGAGAGAUAAAAAGUCAGUAGUAUUGUCCCAUCGUGCUUGUGGUUUUCCUCUAACACCACCAUAGUGCUGCUCCCAUGCUAUUCCAAUAAACCGCUCAUGAUGUAUUCUUAUGAAA